ACUCCAUUCUCCAUUAACCAGUUCUCGCUCUCUAGUAAGCUUCCCCAAUUUUCAAUUCAUUUUCACUCUCCAAGCCCAAUGGCCGCCGCAGCUCCACCACCGCCACCAUCUGCUGCUCCAGAACCAUCCAUGGCACCACCAGAAACCACCCCAUUAGGCCACCCUUUAUUCACCAGGAUUCGCCUAGCCGCCCCUUCUGACGUCCCUUUCAUCCACAAACUAAUCCACCAAAUGGCCGUCUUUGAACGCCUAACCCAUCUCUUCACCGCCACAGAAUCCUCCCUUCAUUCCACCCUCUUCCGCUCCCCUCCUUUCGAUUCCUUCACAAUUUUCAUCCUCGAAGUUUCCAGUACCCCUAUCCCACCCCUCCCUUCCAUUUACCCGUCUUUUACCCCCAUAGGAAAAACUUUUAACUUCGACAUCCCCAUAAACGACCCCGAAAAAGAUGCCUUCACGGUUAAUUUUGGAAAAGAUCAAAUUAUAAUUGCUGGGUUCGUUUUGUUUUUUCCAAACUACUCCACGUUUUUGGGGAAACCGGGGUUUUAUGUCGAGGAUUUGUUUGUUCGGGAGUGUUAUAGACGGAAAGGGUUUGGGAAGAUGUUGCUUGCGGCAGUCGCGAAACAAGCGGUGAAAAUGGGGUAUGGGAGAGUGGAAUGGGUUGUUUUGGAUUGGAAUGUUAAUGCUAUUAAUUUCUAUGAACAAAUGGGUGCUAAAGUUUUGCCUGAGUGGAGGAUUUGUAGGCUGACUGGUGAUGCUCUUCAAGCUUAUGAAAAUGCCAAUGUUUAGUUUUUUAGGUGAGUUUUUUAAUAAAGAGAUGAAGUGUUACUGGGUUUUUAGUUUCAUCCCAGUUAGCCAAAGAUUGAAAUUUCAGUUGUAUUUGGUCUUUUAUGAUUUAGUUUAUUGGCAUUUUAGCAGUUGUAUCCUUGUUGUUGAAAGAUGGAAGCUUUUAAUUCCAGAACUUCUGAUGUUAAAUGUCUAUGCUAUUGUGGAUUGGGUUUAUUUUGUUAA